CGUCACGUCACGCCGUCACCUUCACGUAACUUCGCCAGCAGCACAUCACAGACAAUGGGAAGAUCACGAUCACCACGGCGCGAGCGCUCACGAGACCGGAAUCGACGGCGGGAGAAGGGCAGGAGCAAAGAUAGGGAGAGGGAAACGGGCAAGGAGAGGGAACGGGAGCGUGAUGGGUGGAGGGGGAAUAGGGAUAGGGAGCGGGAUAAGGAUCGGGACAGGGACCAGAAACCGCGCGAACAUCGCGAGCACUCAAAAGACCGCCGCCGGCACACCUCCCAAGACCGCGAAAGCUCCCGCGCGAAAGAGAAGUCCAGCAGCCGGCGUCACUCCUCAAAAGACCGCAGCUCGCGCGCCAAAUCCACCUCCGCCCCCGCGGCCGCGCGCGGCUACUCCCCACCGCCUCUGACACCCUCCGGCGCGGCCGCGCGCCUCGCUUCCGGCUCUCCUCCCGCCGACAAAGAGCGGCCGAACUUCUCAUCGACGGGGCUUCUCGCCGCCGCCGCCAACACCACCGCGACCGGCGCGGUGCUGAAGUACCACGAGCCGUCGGACGCGCGGCUGCCGCCGCCCACGCCCGCCUACAAGCUGUUCGUGUUCAAGGACGCGGCGAUCGUGGAUACGAUCGAGCUCAAUACGCGCAGCUGCUGGCUUAUCGGCCGUGAUCGCGCGGUGGCGGAUCUGCCGGUCGAUCAUCCGUCCUGCUCGAAACAGCAUGCUGUGCUGCAGUUUAGGCAUGUGGUCAAGACGGAUGAGUUCGGCGAGAGGAUGGCCAAGGUUAGGUUGUAUCUGUGUGAUUUGGAGAGCGCGAAUGGUACGCUGCUGGGAGAUGUCGAGGUCGAGGGGGGGAGGUUUGUUGAGUGUAGAGAGGGGGAUCUGAUUAAGUUCGGGACGAGUACAAGGGAGUAUGUCGUUAUGCUUGACCGUGGGUAGGCGACUAGAGGGGUCAAUGGAGGAAUAUCAUUGAAAAUUUAGUAAAUACUUGGAG